UUCCACAUAAAUACUUGUGCAUCGAGGCAGAACAUGACCCUGUGAGCGACUCCUCAUCAGCUUAGGAACGGAUUUCCUUCAGAACAGAAAAUCCUGGGAAGCCAAGGAUGAUGUUGGUUUUUGCGGCUCUGACUUUGGCAAGCUGAGCGUGCUGGCAUGAAGAAAAUGCCACAAGAUGAAAAGUCAAGUGUGAGGUGGUUCCUCUUUCAAGUAGCGAGGGAGAAGAGCGAGAGAGUUGACCUGAGAGAAAGUGCACGUUUCCAAAAUCGCAUGAAUACGGCAGCGCGUCACGCCACUGGACAGUGGAGAGGAUAAAGCGCACGGGAGCGCACAGCUAUUUCCUACUGUAAUCCAAAUGGACACCAGCACUCCCUCCUUCAACAUGGAUGACUGCAGUUGGUCGAUAUCCCAGAAUGUCAGCAUGUCUUCCUCGCCGUACCCCCACAAAUCCAAUAUCUCAGAUGUGGCUGCGCUUCCCUUCAAUGUGAUCACCGCAGUCGUAUACACCACUGUCUUCGUUGUGGGUCUUCUGGGUAACAUGCUGGUCAUCUACGUGGUGGUUCGCUACUCCAAGAUGAAGACAGUAACCAACAUGUACAUCCUCAAUUUAGCCUUGGCGGAUGAACUCUACAUCCUGGGAAUUCCCUUCCUGGGCACUAACAGUGUGCUUUCCUACUGGCCAUUUGGGAAUUUCUUCUGCAAGGUGUGCAUGACUGCUGACGCCAUGAGCCAGUUCGCCUCCACCUUUUGCCUGACGGUGAUGAGCAUCGACCGCUACCUGGCAGUGGUUCAUCCUAUUCGCAGUGCCAAAUGGCGGAAACCACGGGUGGCCAAGGUUUCCAAUGCCAUGGUGUGGAUUGUGUCCUUUCUGGUUGUGCUGCCUGUCACGAUCUACUCAAAUGUACAAGAGGAGUUCAACACCUGCAACAUAACCUGGCCUGAGACCCGGGAAUUGUGGUCCAUUGCCUUCAUCCUUUACACAUCCAUCCUGGGCUUCUUUGCUCCUCUGGUGGUCAUUUGCCUCUGCUACCUGCUCAUCGUCAUCAAGGUAAGGUCAGCAGGUGUGCGCGCAGGCCGGACUAGGCGGCGUAAGUCGGAGCGCAAGGUGACGCGCAUGGUGAUUAUCGUGGUGUUGGUGUUUGUGAUCUGUUGGCUGCCCUUCUUCACCACCAACAUUGUCAACCUGAUUCACAUCAUCCCUGAGAACAAAACCAACGUCUACUUCUUCUUGGUCAUCCUCACCUAUGUCAACUCCUGUGCCAACCCAGUCCUCUACGGCUUCCUCUCUGACAAGUUCAAUCAGAGCUUCCAGAAGGUGCUCUGCUUCCACAAACCAAAUGGUGUUUCCACUACAAACCAGAAGCGAGGUCAACAGAAGGGAAACCACAAUCCUAUUUUAACACCCAGAAAUCACAGACAGAAUGGCAAUGUGGUGAGCAUUCAGGUAUCGCAACUGAAUUCCUGUGAUCCAUGUGAUUUCUGAAAUAAAAAUCUUUAUUUCCACAUUUGCAGCAGGUAUACUCAGCCUGUUUCAAAUUUCAGCUUCUGAUGCAUUGAAUUUUAAGUUACAUAGGCCCAAUUUCUGGUCCAAGCCAGUCCAAAAGCCAAAGGGCAAUAUCAAGAGGUGAGAACUAGAGGGGCGUAUGUAACAUUUCGAGUGAAAAUUAGUUAUAUAUAUUAAUUAAAAACCAAAAGGCCUAACACUGAACACCCUGAACUAUUUGGGCUAAAAAGGCUUAAGUGUACUUAAAAGGUAGGCAAAUAUUUUUUUCAAUAAAGGUCAAAACAUUAAGUUCAUUAAGUAUAUUGUAACCCACAUGUUUAUGAAGUUUUAAUAUUAAACCUUUGAUUUUAAUAAACAAAGUCAGGACAAAGUAUGUAAGUAUGUUAAGGCUCUUCUGUAAAGUUGGUUAAAUAUCACUUAUGUCCCUCUGCUUCUCACCCUUCAAUAUUUUAAUUAUGUUAAAACAAAGGGAAACAUGAUUAUUCUGGUUUGAAUAGUAACUCAAAUAUAUAAUUGUAAUCGUAUAAUUUGAACUUAUUCUUAGUAACAUAGUUCAUAAUUAUAUUUAUACACAAACCGAAUCUGCUGUGUACGUAUGCCCCAGCAGCCCCCACUUUCAGGGUCCUCAGUGUGUUGUCUCCCUAAUGUCUUCCUUUAUUUACUCCUGGACCUUGUAAUAAUUCAUAUAACCCGUCUUUGUUGCUGAUCCUCCCUCUCUGACUGGGACAUUUGUGGAGAAGGGCUGGAGGAGCAAAAUAGUGAAAGAAGACUACAUACGGCAUCGUUUGUUCUUCAUGCGUUUCUACUGUAACCAGGUUGGCUGCAUUGUAGGUUUCAAAGCAUUUGUUUAUGUAAUAAUGUAAGAUCUGUUAAAGCAAUAGUUUGACAUUUUUGGAAAUCCACUUAGCAAAUCUGGCACAGAAGUACAUGAGAAGAUUGAUACCACUCUUGUAUCUGUCCGUUAAAAAGGCUGUAAGGCUGCAGCCAUAGCUUAGCUUAGCAUAAAGACUGGAAACAGGGGAAAACACAUAGCCUGGUUCUGUUCAAAGGUAACAAAAGCUCACUAAUUUCUAAAUGACAGACUGGUAAUAGCCUUAUAAUUAGACACAAUGCAAGUUCUAAUCAGAUGUGUUGAUUAUUUAUUAUUCAUUAUUCAUUAUUCAAGUCAUUUUUUAGUAUUUUACAUCAAAAUCCCUCCUUUUCCUAAAAAAAACAUAAAAAUAUGUUUGAUUACUUAUCUCGAACUUGGGACUGGUAACAUAAAUUAUAUCCAAUCACAUACCUCACAUUAAAGAUGCUUCUUCUUCCAUUUUACUUAAUAAGCUUUUUAAUUAGCAGACAUGUGAGUGGUAGCAGUGUUCUCAUCUAACCCACUAGAAAGCAAAUACGUUUAUUUCCCAAAAAGUGGAACUGAUCCUUUAAGAAGAGAAACUCAGAGCAAUAGAGCAAUGGAAUUAGUUCUGUGGAAAUGUACAUUUACCAUGUGAGCCAUUAUAGUACAGGUAAUUUCACCCUCAGUGAUGUUUUUCACCAUGCCUUUAUUGGGUAUCAGGUUUAUAUUCAAAAACUCAGCCAUUGUUCUUUCCUUAAUUUACAGUAUUUAAUUUGUACUUCUAUAGCUACAGUGAGCGCAGUUCUGUUUGACUUUCAUGACAAUUAUUUUUCUUUCUGCUUGUUAGUCUUUAUAGGCUUCUUGUGACAUUUUGACUUUGAUGUUACGAAGCUGUGAAAAAUGCCUUGAAAUAGCACAGCCAGGCAUUGUCCUCUAGUGGAUUUAUGUCUUCUCUCUCACAUUUCUGAAACAACAUCUACUGGAGUGGAUGCCACGCAUGGUGACUUAAAGGAGCAUAUCAUUUAUCCGAAACCAUAUCAUAUCUUUAAUCAGCAUUUAGUUGCCGGAUUAAGAGCUCUGACAUUUGAUGCCGACAUUAUUUGGAAGUUGCUGGACAACUGUAGCAUCUCUCCAUAGUUGAAACUUGAGCUGUUGACAGUGUUUAUGGUGAGGUCUUUGAAAAACUGCCCAGUAAGACGGACCUGUGGAACCAUGGAGACCUUACAGGAGAGAAGGGAUUACUUUGUGUUAGAAACACUGUGAAUUUUAAGAUAAUUGGUCAUUUUAAAUAUGGAGUCUUGAGUUCUGUGACAUUCCAACCCCAUAUAUUUAUAUAUACAACACAAAUACUAACUUAGUGAUUCUGUUUAAGAAGCCAUCGUGAAUAUUAAUAAACAACCGAGUCUGCUUUGCAUGGUCUCCCUGCAUUAACACUACACAGUACAAUGUAGGGCGGCUGCAUGAAACAAAGCGUGCAUAUGGUGUGCAUUUAUCCUAUUAAGAGAUGUUUAUUGUCGCUGUGAUCGAUAUUAUGGCAGGUUCAUGUUUCAGACUGAAGCACUUUAUUGUUAUUUCCAGUUGAACACAGAAAAGUGGCAGCUUUACACUUAAAUGUUAAUGUCUCUCCACAUGAACCAAUUUAGCUUCAUUUUUUGAUUUUUGUAAAUGAAGUUAAAGUAGUUUUAUUGCAAAAGCAGAGUGAACAAGAAGAAGUGUCUUUCUUUUUCUCAAGGCAGAAAACAGAUUUGGAUGUAUUUUGAUGUACGACUUCAGAACAAUGGCUUGCCACAGAAUAAAAUAUUUACAUAUAAAUCUGGAAAACUGUUGUCAGCAAAAUGAAGGGGACGAUUCAAAGUGUCUUUGUGGGCUGACUUUUUAUUUGUUGUUAAUGGUGGUGGGGUUUUUUUGUUUUGGGUUUUUUUUUCCCCAGAUUAAUGAUCUAGCAACCCUUUUACUGUUACUUUAAUAAAUGCAACUAUGUCAAAA